AUGGAUCCAACUAUCCUCCUUUCGUCUGUUUUGGUCCUAUUAUUCUUCGGAUUCAAUGGAGACGCAUUUUUGGGAUUCGACACAUUUACGGCUUCAUCUAUGUUGGAACGAGCCACAAAGGCAAUCACUGGGGGUACCAUGAUUUCUGGAUUGAACACCGCGCUCGGUGCUGCCAUAGGCAUACCACAUACUCCUCCUCCUCCCCCUCCUGGUGUUUUCCAAGGUCCGGCGACACGCUCGUGGAAUGAAUCAUGUACCGAAAUGCCAGCCUCUGUGUACGCCCCUUCGGUCUUUGAAAAUCCUGUCAAGGCGAGAGUGUGUUUCCCUGAUGACAUGGCCGGCAUAUUGGGUAACUCCACGGAGACGUUGGAGUUCCCAGUGCCCGGUUCUGCUCAGUUCGAACUAUUUGGCUUUCGUUUGCCUGGCUCUCACACGAACCACGACUGGACAAUCUCGAUCAUUUGUAUACUGGUGCCUCUUUAUUUCCUGCUGUGGACCAGUAUCACUCGCAAUCCCUCCACGGUGGACAACGGGGCAAUUCCGAAAAAGAGUUAUGUCGACGCUGCUAUUGCGGGAAUAUCUAGCCGUAUCCCGGACUUGGCACCUCUCGUCGCUAACCAACGACGGUUGGAGGGCCAGCUCAUUCAAUUCGAGAGCGUGGAGGCGAGAGUCGACGGUCGCAUCGAAAAUCGAAUUCAUGAACUUGAAGUCUUGUUCCAGAGGCAGAUCAGAGACAUCAACCUUGAACCUCUGACACGGAGAGCGGACCGUUUCCAGGAGAAUCACGACUUUGUGGCUUCUCAAGCCCGCAAGCUUCAAGAGGACCAGCCACAUUGGACUCGCUUAGUCGAAGAUUUUAAAGACCUGAAAACUGACCUGACCAUCCAAAUCGAGCGCAGAGCGGACAGAAUCAAAGAACAUGUCGAAUAUUUUGAGGAGCGCUUGGAUGAUCUCGGAAAGAAAAAUGAGAAGCUAGUUAGCAAUGUUAAAACGGUCGAGAAAGAACAGACUAAUUGCAACGCUAUAAUUGACAAACUUCAAAAACAGGUAGGUGAUAUCGACGAACUCGAUAAACAAUUCAAGGGUACGAAGGACCGAGUUGUCCCAAUAACUGAGAGAGUACGGAAGCUACAACAACAAGUGGAUUAUAUCGGCUCACCAAACGAGCAGGUCAUGGGCUUAGAGAGAGAAAUGACCUCUAUCAAUGAACAAAUUCAACAGCUGCAGGAUAAAGAAGCUACUGAUGUAUAUGCACCAAAGGAAACAGUGAAGGCCGUGGAGAGUAAAAUAGCAACCACCACUGGGCUCAUUCGAAAGUUACAAGAGCAGGACGCCUCUGGUACCAAACGAGUCAAAGAUGUAGAGAGCGAUAUUACCUCCAUAAGAAAGCUAGUUGGAGAAUUACAAGAGCAAAUACAAGCUGAUAAUACAACUGAAGCGCAAUCUCAGGAGAUAGAAACCUCUCUGGAUCAAAGGAUCGCCAAGAUCGAGACCGAGCUGCACCAGAUCCCGGCGGCCAAGGCUGAAGAAGAGCGAGCUCAUACACAGAGGCUGCUUGAAAAAAAGAUUGAGGAACUGAAAAUUGAUGAGUUGAGAAACAAGCUACAGACUAUUGAGCCUUCGGUCAACGGAGACAUUAUACGCAUGAAAAACUAUCUUAAAGAGACGGAAUUGAAGACCAAAGGCGAAUUUACCAAGAGAACGGAAGAUACGGAGCAGCGCAUCAAUGGUGUUGAACAAAAGCUCGAAAAUUCUCUUGACGAUAUCAGAAAAAUGAUUAGUACUUUGCGGGAGGAUUUCGAAGAGAGUACUCCGGACGAAGAAACUAUGGAGAAACUCAAAACAGACUUGAAAAUUGCCGAAGAAAAAGUUGGCAGUUUAGAGAUGAAUGUUUUCGGUAGCUCAUCAAACGUGGCCGAGCCUGUUAUAGUACAGAUAAACGAAAUUCAGUCCCAGCUGCAAGAAUUGACCGACAACAGCGGGUCUUUAUCCCAAAGGCAAGAGGCUCCAGGUCGUGAACAGGAUCUCUUAAAUAUAGGAACCCAGGCUUCAUCACAAUCAAGCCAACCACCACAAACACCCAUUCCUUCUAAGACGUCUUCCAAAGUGAACGCACCUGCCGCCGAGUUUGUUCCCUCGCCUCGGACUCAUACUUCCUUGUCGCAAUCUACCACGCACGGUGCUCCACUAGAGAUUUCUCUACCAAAAAAUUCCCAAUCACAAAAAGGCAAAGGGAAGGGCAAGCAGAGAGCAAGUAUUUUGUCUUCGCAAUCAUCUAAAGCUUCAGAGAACGACGAGCAGGGAGAGUCCAAAACAGGUCAGACAACCGAUGAGAAAUCUCAAAAACCACCGGCGCAAAGCCCCGCUGAAGUUGAAGAUUCUUUUGCUCUUGAUUGGACUCCUCCAAGCUUGGAAGAAAGGGAGCAAAUGUUCGAACAGGACCAAAUUCAAAGGGAGAACAACAAAAUAUUAACCGUCACUCUCGCGGAUAUUGCUUCUAAAAACCGAAAAACUCUAUCUCAGAGCCGAUGGGCUUCUUAG